ACGUUUCUUUGCUUCGAGUGUAAAAUACAACAGUGAUCGCUAUUUCUUCGGUAAAUAUAAGUACAUCUAUCUACCGCAUUGAGUUUUAAUCGUGUUUUUUUCUUUGCUUUUGAUAAAAUAAUUGGUUGUUAAAAUGUCUUGUUCUCGUAGGAGAACCUAAACAUCGAUGGAAUACAGUGAUGGAGUUCAAUGAAUGUCGUAUAAAUGAGGUAUCGGAUCUGGUAGGCAUUGAAAUAUAUUCUGAUCGAUCUCAGACUCCAAGCCCGACUCCUGUUCUUACAACAAAUGUAUGCUGCGAUCUAGAAGACAUAUUGAGCGACGCAAUAUCGGAGUCUCUUCAAAGCUCCCUCAGAGUGAGUCGCAGUCAGCUGAUAAAUCAAGAGUUGACGAUCCGUCCAGAGGCUAAUAUUGAAUCAAACAUUCCAGAAGGUCUAGAUCUCUACAAGGUUAUAUUUGAAGUGGAAAGUGAUUCAGAUUUUAAAAUGAGUGAAUUAGAGGGGACCAGUCAGACUAACACAGUGAAGAAUCCGGAGUCGUGCCGGCACGUCGGCGGAUCGAAGUUCUACGAAGUAGUAGACGGGACGUCAGCGGUCACAUCCACACCGUCUCCAACAGAGAAACAAGAUCACAUGAAACCUAUCGAAAGUGAUGAUGAAGUAUCAGAUGUCGACCAAGAGUGCACAGUUUUCUGCGGAGUCAGUUACCUCGGCGCGCAGAACAUAGCCGAUCCAAAAUCGGAGACUGACAUACAGCGUAUCAUGAAGGAACUGAGUUCGAUGCCAGAGAACCGAGAUGGUAUCGCCGUCUCGAUUUCGAUACCAGUGUGUUCCCAAGGUCUGGUCGUAUUAUACCAAGCGGACACAAACAGCGUGAUGACGAGGUACGCGGUGAACAGGAUAUCGUUCUACGCGCGGGGAGCGGCCGGCUCGCCCGUCGCGUCGUGCUUCGCCUUCACGUGGUCGCACGGGGAGACCAAGGAGUCGGCCGUGUACCGCUGCCACGUGUUCCGCUGCCACAUCGCUGAAGCCGUCAACCAGGUUUCGAGUUGCUUUGCUAAGGCGUUUGAGCGUAUACCGCGUUCGAUGGCGUCGUCUCUGGUGGGAGACUUGAGUGCAGCGCCAUCUAUGACGGGCUCCCUAACUGAGGGUCUCGGGCCCGCUGCGCCGCCCAUGCAGCUGAUGCACGUUCUCGAGUGCACUGUGGACAUCAAGGAGACUGAUGCCAAGGGUACAUUCAGCCAUGUGCCCAAAGAACGUCUCGGCUACAAGCUGCGCGGUGGUAUCGAUAAACAAGUGACGAUCAACGUGACGCAGGUCACUAACAACGUGCAGGCGGAACCGGACGAUCCACAGUCAUCCUACACAGGAGGUUUGUACAUAGAGAGGUGUUUUGGCAUACUUCUCGCACCCGGACGGAGUGUUAAACAUUCAGACAUGCAGUUGCUUGAAAUGGUGAGCGGCUCGUCGGGCGGCUCGGGCUGCUCGGUGUGCGCGCUGUGGAACGCGGGCGAGUCGGCGCUGGCCGCCUUCAACGUGGCCAGCGGGGACGGCGCGCCCGCCUACAUGUCGCUGGCGCUCGACCUCGUCAUACGCGGCAUCCGCGACCCGCUGCGAUUAGUAAUCGAAACACCAGUCAAAGUAUAUCCACCAGCGGAACGAUUUUGGUACUACUCCAAGCGACCGCUCGUACAACAGUUCUAUAUAAACUUGAGAGAGUCGGUAGACUCUCUGGGCCAGCUACAGUACGAAGUGGCCAGUGUGGAGACGUCGGGGGAGCUGGACCGGUCCCGGCUGAACCUGCCGCUGUCGCUGUCCAGCCUGUUGCCGUCGCCGCUUUCCGCCGCGCCUGCGCCGCCCUCGCCCUCGGAGCCCGACUCCGAUGGCGAUGAACCGCUUCUAAGUGGGACCGGUGAGGUGUCUAAAGAUUGUGGCGUAGACGUACUCGAGAAUUGGGCACAGGUCCUCAGAAACUGGAUCGGACCCCGCCCUCGCGCUCUCAGCCAGCUCGUGCGCGUGGGAGUGCCGGAAGCGCUCCGAGGCGAGGUGUGGCUGAGACUGGCCGGCGUCGACCAGAACGAUAAGCUCAUGGAGACGUACCGUACGCUCAUCAGUAAGGACUGCCCGUUCGAGGCGGUGAUCCAGCGCGACAUCGCGCGCACGUUCCCGGCGCACGACUUCUUCCGCGAGGCGGGCGGGCUCGGGCAGGACUCGCUGCUGCGCAUGGCGCGCGCCUACGCCGUGUACGACGUGGAGGUGGGCUACUGCCAGGGCCUCAGCUUCCUCGCCGCCACGCUGCUGCUGCACAUGCCAGAAGAGCAAGCAUUUUGUCUGCUGGUUCGUUUGAUGUAUGGAUACGGAUUACGAGAGUUGUACAAGGAUGGUUUCGAAGCACUAUAUAUGAGGUUGCACCAGUUGGACAGAUUGAUGGAGGAACAACUGAACGACUUACGUGCACACUUUCAAGAAUUGGGUGUUGAACCACACAUGUUCGCGUCGCAAUGGUUCCUUACAGUAUUCACUGCUCGGUUUCCUCUGCCGUUGGUCUAUCACAUCCUGGACGUAUUUCUGCUACAAGGAAUGGACACCCUCUUCCAAGUUUCGUUGGCUCUGCUCAGUCGUGCACGAAAGGAUCUCUUGCAACACGAUUUUGAAGGUGUACUCAAAUAUUUCAGAGUAACAUUACCGAAGAAAUGCCGCGCCGAGGAAGCUUCACGACAGAUCGUGAAACUAGCUUGCAGUAUUAAAGUAAAAAGGCUACAGAAGUAUCAAUUGGAAUACGAGAAGUUUAUCAAAGAAUCGGCGGAAAAAGAAAAGAUCAACGUGGAAUUGGAAAGAUUAAAAGUUAUAAAUACACAACUUCAACAAGAAAAAGAUGUGUUCGAAAGUCAACUUAAACAGACUCGAAGUAACUUGGAGGAGACACAAAGGGAGUCGGUUCACUACGCGGCGGUCGCGCGGGACUACCGGGAGAUAUGUGCGCGUCUCGACAAACAGUUGCAUCAGAUGCAGGACUGUGUGAAUAGCUGCGUCAGUUGCAGCGUGAAGUUAGCACAGAAGGACAAUAAAGAGGAGCUGGAGCCGAAGGGGGAGGAGAAGGAGAGCUCGAGCGACACGGAGGCGCGUCUGAAGCAGCGCGUGCGGGACCUCGAGCUCGAGCUCGCGCAGGUCAAGCUGGCGCACGUGCAGGCGCAGUGCAGCAACCAGGAGCUGAGCCACCAGCUGAACGCGGCGCUGAGCGAGAUGCAGGCGGCCAUGAACCAGAAGCAGUCGGUGACGCCGUGGCUGGUGCGCACGCUGGGUUCCAUCAUGGAAGCUGCGCAAAACCGACCAUCAUUCCAAACCUACCUUCCAAAUUUAAAUCAAGAGCAACAAUCGCCGUCGCUUCAUAGACAGGGUUCUUUUUCGAACACACAGGGACAGAGUCACGCAAAUCUCGACAGACGUGUGUCCGAACCGUACAGUCCGGACGUUGUCAGAAGGAAGAAGGAUCUCAACGCGAAAAGACACUCGAUGCUCGUCGAAUCGAAUCUCAGCAAAGAGGCGAAAGAUCUAAAUCGAAGGAGUCACGAUGUGACGAUUGUAAAGAACCUGUCGAUGGGUUGACAGAAACGUUACAUUUUUAAAUAUUGGUUGGUUUGAAUUCGAGCGUUGCGUUCGCUGCUUUGUGUAUAAAUUAUGUUCCCAUUGAUAUUAUCUGUGGUCUUAAUGUGUAUGCAGUUGUGAGGAGAUUGUAUGGUUAGAUUUAAAGUGCACAUAACUAUUACUAGUCAGUAUGGUAUAUAAUCAGAGUUUAUCUAUGAACGUAUCUUUUUGGAAAAUUAAAAAUCUUGCCAUUUUCCCAUUCCAUAUAAGCGUGGUUGAAAAGUUUCGAUUUAACAUUUUAAUUUUCGAUAAAAAUACCGUAAUAAAAAUAACAUAUUUUAUCUUAAUGCUUUAAGAACUUUUUCGUUGCUUAUGAUUUUAUUUUAGAAAAUAUCUAUUAAAAAAAAUAAAAAAUUAUAAUGAAAGUAGGCUUACGAAAUUUAAAAAGUGUUUAGCUUCGCUGCUGGACGGCGGUUAUAUUAAAAAAUAUAUCAUUAUUAUUAAGCAAUAUUUUGAAAUCUCGAAUACUCAAAAAAUAUAAUUUCAAUAUACCAAGUCGCCAUACAUUGCGUUACGUUAUAAAGCUUUAUCGUAAGCCAUAGUGCGAGUGCCUUUUGAUUGGAUAAGUUAUUAUAAUAAUAUCAUAGGCAUUGCAAAGGGUGGUAUUACAUAAAACCACUUAAAUCGAAUGAAUAUUAAUAUAUUUCUAAAUAUAAGUUUCCAUCACAAAACCGUUUUAACAUAUUUCGUAAAGCAAUAUAUAUCGUCUGCAUUUCAAGGUCAAGUGCUCGAAUUCUGAUUGGUCAAUCGAGUUGAUUAUAACUCCCCCCUCUUCAAUGCCUCUGUUAGCGGAAAUCAACUGUGAAGUUGCUGUUGCUAUAUUCGCUCUGAAUAUAAUAGACCUAAUACAGUUAUGCAAAAUGCCUUGUCAUUUUCUAAAAUAACUGACGGUUUUAGUUACGAGAAGUGAAUAGUCUAAUGCGUUGUCAGAUCUGUUAUAUAGGUUCCGUUAAGAGUGGAUAUUUGAGAUCGUUGCUAAUAAAAUCACCACGGCCUAGACCUUUGAACGAGUCGAAGAGAUACAAAUUCAAUUUUUUUACAUACAUGCCUGUUUUUUGCCAUAUUGAUUGAGAUUUAUUAUUGCUCGUUAAGGUCGUAAAUCAUAAAAACAUACAUUAUUGAGCUCCUGUUUACGGAUUAUCUAUCUAUAUAUAAAAAUAAUUAUUUAAUUCGAAAUGGGAUUUCCUGAGAUGAAACGUUCAGUCAUACAAAGUCAAGAGUUGAUAUAAAUAUAAUUUAUCUAUGCAUUUUAUUUCUUAAACCAGUAAAUAGCAGCAGUAAUAUACACAAGCUGCUCCAAGCGUUUCCACCGUCGUUAAAGGCAGUAGCAUGGCCACGUGUAUAUAUGUGUGCUGUAGGUCCGUGUUUUAUAAUUUCUUUAUCAAACAAAAAACUUUUUAAAACAAUAAUAUUUUUUUAAAUUGGACCGGUCAGAUUUGCGCAUUUAAACAAAAAUGUUUUAAUGCUUGAUAUAAAUCUACAGGUUUAAGGAAAAUAUUUAUUUAGACAUUUUGAAUAAAAGACAUUGACGCUUACUUUUUUACGGAAGGAGAAAUUAAUGUAUUUCUUUAAUAUUGGCGUCUCUCUCUCUCUCUCUCUCUGUCUCUCACUCUAUCUUACUGCCUCUCUCUCUCUUGUCGAGCAUAUUUUUAUAUGAGAUUACAAUAAUAUUCAUUUGCUUUAAUUUAUUUUAUCAGUAUGGCACUAUAUAUAAAUAUUCUGUUGAAUUAGUCAAAUUAUCACAUAGAUAUA